GGUUUAACACAAACUAUUGCACAUCGAUACAUAAAAAUAAUACAGUAUUAAAGAAGAUCACAUAUGAGCCGCAUUUUCAGGAGUACAGGUAUUCCCUGAUAUACGCUAUUAAUGCUGACAGGGGGCAAUCGCGUGUCUCGACUAUUAGCGUUAGCUGAAUUUCGAGGUUUUUGUGUUAAAUUAUAGCUAAUUUUCGUUUAAUUUUGCUUGAAAUGGUAGGUUUUAGGCAUCAAAUUAGUUAUUUUAUCUGAUUUCAACUUAAGAUUACAAUUUUGUACCUUUUGAAAUGGUUUUUUAAACUCGACGAAAAGGGAAUUUAUUUUGCAUUUUACAUUUGAUGUGUCAAAUCAGUACAAUUUGCUGGAAGAACUCUCAAAUUAAGAUAAUCGCGUAUAUCGCGUAUAUCGGGGAAUAUCUGUACAUCUCAAUCUUUUCAAUUUGACUUAUCUGGCUCUGACAAGUAAGUGCCUAUGUUACAAUACAGUAGUGACUGUAAGUCUGUAUCGUUCAUGCACUUUAUAUUGCAAUCAACAAAUAUUAUUUCGUACAAAAUACUGUUUUCCAUUCUAUAACUUAAUUAUUUCUACUUCUAACAUUUAUUGCCAUAUGGUGAAAAAGUAAUAUGAGUUAAAUUACUUAUUUUUCGUCAUACAGACCGUAUAUAAGCAUUAAAAACGAUAUGUACCAACAAAUGAAGUUUGUGCGAGGAAUUUUUAGUUGUGAAUUAACCAAAAAUGUGUAGAGAUAAGAUUAUGUUAAGAAAAUCAAGUCAUCUCUAAAAUCAUGUUUUCCAGUUCCGUUGGAGGCAAUUCCUUCGAAGAAACACCACUAACCACAACAUAUGUCGACAAUAUGGCCAGGCCCUAUUUACAACCAUUUUUGUGAGCCUUCGAUAUAGGUUUGAAAAGAACGGAAUAUCUAUCGAACGGAACUCGGCAGUUUGUUGUGAAUUAAUUGUAUAAUUCCACGGCACACGGUCGAUCUACGAGAAAAAAGUAAAACAUCAAAACGUCGAUCACCAAUUUCCAGUAAUUUACCGCUCGUGCAAUAUACAUUAUGUUGCAAUAUUAAUGUUCUCCUUAUUAAACCGACCCACCAGACCACCACUAGCAGCCAAAAAUUGAUAGGCCAAUCGUUUCGAAACCAUCAUGCCGAAACAUAAAUGCCCUGCCAACUUCAAAUUGGCAAUUGAAACACAGUGAGAUCGUCUCAUAUCGCCAGUGUGUCGUGUGGUGCGUUAUUGUUGGCCCAGUAACCCUCAUCAUUCAUGCACGUUGUCGAACGAUUAUGGCUGACUGGUGAUGGAAUAAUUUCGCCCGUAUUUCCCCUUAAUGUCAGGUAUAAAUUGAAGCUCCAAUCGCCCCACCAGUGUGUUCAGAGAGUGAGUGCGAUUGUGCAACGGAUGCACCGCGUGCGAAGCGCCAUGCGUCUGAUGGGGCACAAGCGAAUGAUGUUGUCGUCGUGGAUUGCUGUACCGGCAAUACUCCUAGCUGCGGUGGGUUUGGCCUGCGGAUAUGCUGUUAAGAGCAACGAUUACAGUGAAACAGUUGCUACAUUUGUGUUUCGGUUUAUACGUGACCAUAAAGGCUUAAAGCUGGGCAUCGUUUUCGGGUGUGAUCAGAAGUUAUUGCUCAUUUACAACGUUUUAUCGCAACUGGCGACCAUAGGCGUCCGGGCGAGAAUGGUCCACAUCGGCCCGGGGCCGACACCGGACAGGAACGAACAAGAGCACGAGCGGUUUUCGAGCACUCUUCGGCAGUCGCUCGAAUUUCAUCAAUUUGUGCUGCUCGAUAUGGCUUGCGAAAACGCACCGGAUGUCCUGAAGCAGGCAUCGAGAUAUGAACUCUUCAAUGCGUCAUUUCAUUGGCUAAUAAUUGAUAACCAUUACAACAGUGUCGAGGAAGAAGGUACCACUGGUGAAAAUGGUCUCUUCACGUGUCCUUGGACUAUAAUCACCAACAGCACCGAGAAUGGCGGAACGGCUAAACCGAUACAAUCCUUCACCAACGGCACCGAACCGGACGGUGCGAUGGACAGCGACUGGACAGCUAGUAGCAACGGCAGUGAGGCAACUGCCAGUGGCCAUACCAUCGACCUGCUUGCAACAAUGAACGUUAGCAUCAAUGCGGAAAUAACCGUUGCAAGCCCUACGGAUCCAUCCUAUCGGGGAUUCACACUCUAUGAUCUCUGGAAUCCCGGAUUCAUCAGUGGCGGUAAAUUGAAAAUAGAACCGUUGGGCUGCUACUCGCCCGCCGAAGGGCUGCAGAUACCAAAGCGCGAGUCGACCGUCGUUCGCCGGCGCAACAUGGACGGACUGCGGCUAAAGAUAAUGACCGUGGUGACACAGAAACCACACCAACCGUUCGAACUGUACCUAACGACGCCACAGAACACCCAUCUCGACUCUGUCCAUCGCUACAACUACGGGCUGAUGGGCAUGCUGAAGGAAUUCUACAACUUUACUUUCGUCAACCGACGCACCAAGAGCUGGGGAUAUUUGCGGAACGGCAAGUUUGAUGGUAUGAUCGGUGCUUUGUCCCGGCGAGAGGUAGAUCUCGGCGGUUCGCCCAUGUUCUUUCGCCAGGAGCGCCAUCGCGUCGUCAGCUACACUACCCGCACCUUCGUCGAGCGACCGUGCUUCAUCUUUCGCCAUCCGCCGCGCAAUGAUGCGGUAAAGAAUCCGUUCCUGCUUCCGUUCGAAAUAAUCGUGUGGUACUUAAUGGUUGGCUGCGGCUCAAUCCUGGUGACAGUUUUGUGCUUCAGUUUUUUCGUCGAAGAUGCAGUAUCUGAAAGACGCUCAUCCUUCGCACCUCAUACGAUACGAAGCAAUACCUCAAAUGAUGCUACACGUUUGGUUCGAUGCAAUUUAGCCGACGAUGUUACUAACGCGCGACACGGAACAAUAUUGAAGAAAGCUAUCUUCUCUCACGCCGACGAUGCCGGUGCAACAACGGCAGGCCUCGCGGGAAGAAACGUGCCGCCGGAAACGUGCCUGAACGAAUCUCUUUUAAACCGUCCUAAGCUGUCACCGAUGCGGCGAAGCUAUUGGCACCGAGAAACGACAGGCAUCAGUUACAACGUUGAUGAAGAUGAUGAUGUGCAGGGAUCUAAGAGCGCAUCAGCUAACGUGCAGCCUGACAUACGCGGGUCUACUUUUUCGGGAUCACAGCCCAGCUCCCCGAAUGCAGCCGGCUCAUCUCGACAGCGAUGGAAAAUAUGCCACUGGCUAUAUCCGGUGGAUUGUCGUCAGUUGGUUCCUUGCAACAGUGAUGCUGCUGCUGCUGCUGUUGGUGGUGGCGAUGGUACACUCACGGCACACAAUUGCCAUAACAAGACCAUCCCAGCAAACAUAUCGUCGACGCAUCGAUUCCAUCCGGGAGACGGAAACGCUGGCGCCAAAUGCAAUUAUAAAGCGGAAAAGGUAUCCAAAAGCAUUUUACUCUUCCUCGGAGGCGUGUGUCAACAAGGAUUAUCCGAGAUACCGCACCUAUCAUCCGGCAGAUGUACGUCAUUUUUCAUCCUGCUCUUCGGCUACCUCAUGUACCAGUACUACUCGGCCAGCAUCGUCGGCACGCUGCUAAUGGAGCAGCCCAAGAGCAUAAAAACGCUGCGCAAUUUGAUUGACAGCCGCCUAACGCUCGGGAUCGAGGAUAUUCCCUAUUCCAGAGAUUACUUUGUGCGUACGACCGAUGCUGACUCACUGGAACUUCACCGAACUCGGAUCGAGUACUACGAGCCGAAAACGGGACGCAAUGAGUCCAACUUCCUAGCAGCCGCCGACGGGUUGCAGCUGGUGCGGGAAGGUGGAUACGCAUUUCAUGUGGCCAUUUCGGCCGCCUACCGCAUCAUCCGGUUGACGUUCAGCGAGCGCGAAAUUUGCGAGCUGAGUGAAAUUGAUAUGUUCCCCGUCUGGUCGCAGUGGAUGGUGGCGAUCGUGCAGAAAAACUCACCGUACCGCGAUGUCAUAACAUACGGAUUACGCCGGUUGAAUGAAGCGGGAUUAAUGCAGCGGCAGAGACACGUCUGGCAGGAAGCGAAACCGAAAUGCGUUCGCCAGAUUGCCCCGACCGAUUUGAUCGUCGGCCUGGAUGCGGUAGUAUCGGCGUUCGUGCUGCUGUGCGGCGGUAUUUGCCUGUCCGUUUGCGUGCUGUUCGUCGAAAUCCUCUGCCAUCGGAUCGAACGUCAUCGCCAUGGAUGUCAUCGCCGAGAGCUGUGGCGAAAUCGUUUUGUAAUGAUGACGAAGCAACCUAGCCUACCGGCACAGCCCCGGCGCGAUGGUACGGAAUUGUUUUACGUUGAAUAGACUGGC